AUGUUUAUAUCAUAUUCAAGUCAACCAUAUCAUUUACAAAUUUUAAAUGCUUCUAAAGAAUAUGGUGAUAAUGUUGCUAUAACAAAUUAUGCUACCAAACAAAGUAUAACAUAUAAUACAUUGAGAAAAAAAAGUUACCAACUUGCAGCAGGAUUUUUUAAUCAAAUUGAAUUAAAAAAGAAAGAUAUUAUUUUGGUAUUACUACCUAAUUCAAUUGAGUUUGUUGAAGUUUUCCUAUCAACUUCAUUACUUGGUGGUACUAUUUCUGGUAUUAAUCCAUCCUCCACUAAAGAAGAAAUUGAUUAUUAUGUAAAAUUAACUAAAUCUAAAUGUUUAGUAUGCCAUAGUGAUAAUUAUAGUAAAGUAGAACAUUUAGUUGAUAUUUUAAAGGUAAUUGUUAUUGAUAAAAAGGAUCAUCAAAUUGGAGAAGAUUUUGAUGUUUUAAUAAGAUUAUGGAAUAAUAAAAGUGUUACAGAAUUAGAGGAAAUACUUCCAAAUUUAGAUAUUCAAAUGUCUGAUAUUUUAAUUACACCUUUUUCCAGUGGUACAACUGGGAAACCAAAAUGUUGUCUAAUAUCUCAUAGAAAUUUUAGUUGUAUCACUUUUAUUUUAAAACAUGCACUUUUUGAUCAAAUUAGUAAUGGAAUUAAAAGAGCAACUCUUGCUAUUUUACCAUUUUUUCAUGUUAGUGGAUUCUGGCCAUUAUGUUAUUGUUUAUUAGAAGGACAUCAUUCAAUUGUCUUGGAGGAAUUUAAUACAAUGAUGACAUUAGAAAUUAUUGAAAAAUAUAGAAUUGAUGUUAUAAAUAUUGUACCAUCAAUUAUUAAUUUUUUUUGUAAAAACAAGGAUAUGGUUAAAAAGUAUGAUGUUAGUUCUGUUAAAACAGCAUUAGUUGGUAGUGCACCUUUAGGUCGUGGAAUGAGUGAAGAAUUUUUAAAAGUUUUUCCUUCAAUUGAAAAUUUACUUCAAGGUUACGGUAUGACAGAAUUAUGUGUACUUAGUCAUAUAACACCAUUAGGAAAUGUUGAUGGAAAAUGUUAUGAUAAAAAACUUGGAAGUGUUGGAAAAUUAUUACCUGGUUUUGAGGCUAAAAUUGUUGAUUCUGAAAUGGCUGUAGAGAUAUUUGAACCAGAUAUGACUGGUGAAUUAUGGUUGAAAUCAGAUGCUAUAAUGGUUGGUUAUUUAAAUGAUGAAGAAAGUACAAAUGAAGCUAUAGAUUUUAAAGGAUGGCUUCACACUGGUGAUAUAGUUUCAUUUGAUAAAGAUGGAUUUUAUUAUGUUACUGGAAGAAUAAAAGAAUUAAUAAAAGUACAUGGUCUUCAGGUAUCACCAAAUGAAAUAGAAGAUAAACUUAAAAAACAUGAAGCUGUUUUUGAUUGUGGAGUUAUUGGUGUAAGUUGUGAAAGAUGUGGUGAAGUACCAAAAGCUUUUGUUGUUUUAAAAGAAGGUUGUGAAAAUGUUAAAGAAGUUGAUAUAUUAAAUUGGUUACAUAAAAUUAUAAGUCCAUAUAAACAUAUUAAAGGUGGUAUACAAUUUGUUUCUGAAAUUCCAAGAACACCUAAUGGAAAACUUUUAAGAAAUAAACUUAAAGAAAUAAAUGAAAAUAAAGUUUAUUAA